AUGGCAAUGUCGCUUGACCUAAUGAAGCCUACCUUGCCUGCCCAGCAUAUGGCAUUCACAGUUCCCAAUAUCUUUUCGUUUUCCAAAGGCCAAAGCGUGAGUUCGCCACUACAAGGUCCAACUGGUUCGUUCAAAUACUGCUUACUGAUCUUCCCUGCGGGUACGGAAAUAGCUUCUACUGCGGAGGGAAAUGCCCAGCCGGUCUCUGCUUUUUUGAAGAUUUCGCCACCAGAGCACCUAAGAGACAACUGGACUUGUCCAGAUGUGCGCUAUUCACUCUGGAUAAAAAGUCUGAAGAGAAUCAAACCACCCGACAUUGAGUACAAAGACAAGAACACCUUCUGCAAAGAACAUGAUGAUAGAGGAUGGCACGACAUGUUCAAGCGCGACUGUCUGCGAGACUAUGUGAGUCCAGAUGGUGCCUUGCAGAUCAUGGGUAUAAUCCACAACCUUCCUUAUGUCCACCCACCUCCAGAGACGCCAAAGCCGCUCUUCCCUGGCCUGGAUUUCUCCACCGAAGCAAGGAUGCUCAGCUUCCGUUUGGCUGAAGGCUCUUCGCUCUUCUUCGACCAGCGCCUUCUGAUGGCGCGCAGCGAAUAUUUUCAAAAAAUGUUGACAUCAGACGAAUGGCAAGAGUCCAGAAAAGGAGAAGUGGAUUUUACUGGGGAUCCUCACGUGACGAAGCAGAUCAUGCAAGCCAUCCUCCAUUUCAUCCUGUCCGAUUCUUUUCAAGUUGGAUCUGUGGAAUUCAAUCUGGAAGUGCGGAAGUUGGCAGAUCGCUUCUGCUUGAAAUCCUUGGUGGAAAAGGUGGAUGCAGCGAUGAAAGACAUGCUGAACGAGGACAACCUGUUGCAGAUCCUUGCAGAGAUGCAUGACACCGACAGUGUGGUGGAGAAAUCCUGUUGGACGAUGCUGGAGUCGGACUGCAACAUCUUGGCCAAACACGAAGAUCUGUUGGACACGCUGAUCGCGGAGAAGCCGACCUUGGCCAGAAAGCUGAUCCUUCUGGGAACGAAACGACGGCGACGUAAGAAAAAACGCGAGGCUUUCGUGUUGCACAUCGAGACGCAGGGUUUCUUGAAACUUGGUAGCACAGGGCUGAAUUUUUCACACUUCGCUGGGCUUUUGGCCCAAGAAGCCCAAGUCCGGGUGAAGAUUGAGAAUUUGGAGCUGAAGAUUCCCGAUGUUUUCUCCUUUUCCAAAGGUGUAGCUGUGUCGUCUCCAGUGGUUGGUCCGACGGGCUCCUUCCAGAUCAUCUUGAGGGUCUACCCUUCGGGCAUGAGUUCCGAAGUGUCGGAUUCUCGGCAUGUUGCUGGGUUCAUCCACAUCCUGCCACCAAAGCACCUGAAGGAUAGCUGGAGCUGCGCGGAUGUAAGAUUCUGGAUUUGGGUUGAGAGGAACAACGAUUCCGCUUGUGUGUCUACGACGACGUCGUUCGACCAGACACAGAUCUCAAUCGGAUGGAACGACAUAUUGUCGGGGAGACGGCUUCAAGACUUCGUCACUUCGGAUGGUGAAUUGAGAGUCAAAGCGCAGGUUUGGAAUCUUCCUUAUGUCCAGCCACCAACAGAGACCUCAGAGCCCCUCUUCCCUGGGCUGGAUUUCUCCACCGAAGCAAAGAUGCUCAGCUUCCGUUUGGCUGAAGGCCCUUCGCUCUUCUUCGACCAGCGCCUUCUGAUGGCGCGCAGCGAAUAUUUUCAAAAAAUGUUGACAUCAGACGAAUGGCAAGAGUCGAGAAAUGGAGAAGUGGAUUUUACUGGGGAUCCUCACGUGACCAACGAGAUCAUGAAAGCCAUCCUCCAUUUCAUCUUGACAGAUUCUUUUCAAGUUGGAUCUGUGGAAUUCAAUCUGGAAGUGCGGAAGUUGGCAGAUCGCUUCUGCUUGAAAUCCUUGGUGGAAAAGGUGGAUGCUGCCAUGAAAGACAUGCUGAACGCAGACAAUGUGCUGCAAAUUCUUGCGGAGAUGCACGACACCGACAGUGUUGUGGAGAAAUCCUGCUGGAAGAUGUUGAAGUCCGACUGCAGCAUCUUGGCACAGCACGAAGAUCUGUUGGACACGCUGAUUGCGGAGAAACCCGCCCUCACCAGAAAGCUGAUAUUGCUGGGUCGAAAGAAACGACCACGGCAAAGCUGA